GUGCUGGAGUGGAGCGGGGAGGACAGCGAGCGGACAGAUCACACAGGCAACAUCACAGCGCCGCCAACCGUAGCUGAGCACUGACACAGCUCACAAACCACCGCCAGCUAUCUUAAUACAUAACCAACCCCUUCUCACAGACCACAGGCAUCGUUUAGCAGCAUCGACGUGAACACAGCUGUUUGUUAUUACUGCAACGCUCCAUAAAAUCUCUGGAUUUUCCCAGAACGGGGAAUUUUGAAAGCAAGGAUUUUUAUAUUCUUUAUUGUAAAGGGGAAUUUGUUUUUCCACCGUGAGCUGAAAAAACCCUUGAGGAACUUGCGCACCAGCUUCCCUGAACUAGCACUGCGGCUGUCCUGACCUGAAAAAGCAACGAAAAGCUUUACUACCCCUAGUGGAGAAUACUGCCAGCCUUCAGCUCACAACACAGGAGAGCUAUCUUUCAUCAUUUAUCUUUCAUCUUUCACUGCACAGACAGGCACCACCAUUUUCAUUUACACCACUCAACCCUGUUUGAAUGCAUAAUAGAGCUGGCCCUCAUAGCCAGGGUCCCAGGGCUUUGAAGCAGUGAGACAGCUGCCCCAGGGCUUUGAAGCAGUGAGACAGCUACCCCUCUCUCGUGAGAUUUGCUCCUCUGCCACUUGGUAUCAUGGGGACUGUACUCUCGCUCUCCCCCAGCUACAGGAAAGCCGGGCUGUUUGAAGAUGGACCAGCCACUGUUGGCCACUACACAGCUGUGCAGAACAGCAAGAACGCGAAAGACAAGAACCUCAAGAGGAGCUCAAUCAUCUCCGUUCUUCCCUGGAAGCGAAUCGUAGCUGUCUCAGCAAAGAAAAAGAGUUCCAAGAAGGUGCAGCCCAACAGCGCCUACCAAAAUAAUGUUACCCAUCUCAACAACGAGAACUUGAAGAAGUCUCUCUCCUGUGCCAACUUAUCCACUUUUGCCCAGGAUCCUGCCCAGAUCCCGGGAUCCAAGACUUCAACCAACGUUGUAUCUUCGGUCAAGAAGGCACCCGUUUCCAACUCUAACACUGCCCCAGGGACCCCCAAAAGGGUAAUCGUUCAAGCUUCCACCAGUGAGCUCCUGAGAUGCCUGGGUGAGUUCCUCUGCAGGCGGUGCUACCGACUGAAGCACCUGUCCCCUACAGAUCCAGUGCUGUGGCUACGCAGUGUGGAUCGGUCCCUGCUUCUCCAGGGCUGGCAAGACCAGGGAUUCAUCACGCCUGCCAAUGUGGUCUUUGUCUACAUGCUCUGUCGAGAUGUUGUCUCCUCUGAAGUGGCCACCGACCAUGAACUGCAGGCCGUCCUGCUCACCUGUCUCUAUCUAUCUUACUCCUACAUGGGCAAUGAGAUUUCCUACCCGCUCAAACCCUUCCUGGUAGAGAGCUCUAAGGAGACCUUCUGGGACCGUUGCCUGUCCAUCAUCAACCUGAUGAGCACCAAGAUGCUGCAGAUCAACUCCGAUGCCCACUACUUUACCCAGGUCUUUGCCGACCUCAAGAAUGAAAGCCAGAAAGAGGAAGAACGAAGCCGACUGCUCAUUGGCCUGGACCGGUGAACCAGCGAGAAACUAAGCUUGAGGGGCUCUAAUCAACUGAGAUGAACUCAAUUCUGGUAUUUCGAUUUCCAAGUCCAGGUCCAUAUCCAUGUCAAAAUUCAGAUCCAACUGGUCUACAUUUAUGUGGCAAAUGUAUGGAGGGCCUUUAUUGACCGACAUGUCUGUGUUGUAACCAGUUGUUAAACUGCAUGUCAUAGACAUUUUUUAUAAUAAUAAUAACAAUGAUGAAGUUUAGGUAGUCAGAAUGACACUUUAUAUAGUUGUCCAAGUCCAAGCCUCUGAAUGUUACAGUACAUAUACCAUCUGGGACCUGGAAUUGGACAUUCAAACACCAGGAUUUGGAUUUGGACUUAAAUCAGGAUUGUUCCAUUCAAUUUAGUCCAUCCCCAAGUGCUGCAUCUUAGACCUGGUCUUAGACUACCAAAAUCAAUAAAAAGCUUAGAUUUGGACAUAAAUCAUAAGUAUUUUAUUAGUUAAGUCCAGGCUCCAUCAGGACCUGGCGAUUGAAUAAACAGGACUUGGACAUGAUGAAAUACCAAACUUCAGUCCUUCUCUGUUCACUACAAACAGAAAAAAACUAAAAAUAAAUUAUUAUUGCUGCCGACUUGGCAACUUAAUGGCAAGUGUCUGAGGUGAGGAGGACAGAGGCCCCAAAUCCAGUCUGAACCGCGUUUAUUUAUUUCAAAGUGUGUCAGCCAUGAUGUAUGUGACAGCCUCUUGAUGUAAGCUAUGAGAGGACAGCAAUCUAGAGUUUAGUGACAAAACAACAAUGCUUGUAUAUUUUCACCUUCAAUAGAGCGUGUUGACCAAUCUUGAGAAAGACAGUAGUUCUUUCUUUUUGUGAGAGCCAUCUUGUUGACAUGCAGUUGCUCAUUAUAGGUGUACAUCUACUUAAAAUAGAACGGAAUUGACUUGUGGGUUGGGGUGUGGGGAGAGGGAGGUUACUGAACAGCAGUAAUGGCUAUUGAGCAAUGGUCUUUGACACAUAAGCAUGUUUUUAAGCUGACCUACUUUAUUAUUGAAAAAAAUAAUGGAUGUGGGUUCCCAAAUGCCUACUUCAUGCCCUUAGGCAAUUUUUUGUUUAGUAUUUAAUUUAUUUUAACAACUGUGAAAGAUGGAAGACUGACAGACACAUUUUCCACAGAACAGUAGCAAGCUUAUAAGGUAGUCCAGUCCUGAAACCAACCAAUGAUUGUUGUCUGCUAACAAAGGUACCCAUUUAGUUCCUAAGUGGGUACCUUAGUGCAUGCAGUUCAAUACAAAUGUGCAUUACAAAUAUCAUAUGGGAGAUACUGAAAUUGAAGAAGGAAUCUAUGAAAAAAGACCUAGGAGUUUAUGUUGACUCAGAAAUGUCUUCAUCUAGACAUAAAAAAGACCAACAAGAUGCUUGGAUAUAUUGUGAAAAGUGUUGAAUUUAAAUCAAGGGAAGUAAACUUUUACAAUGCAUUACAAUGCAUUAGUAAGACCUCAUCUAGAAUAUUGUGUUCAGUUCUGGUCACCUCAUUACAAAAAGGAUAUUGCUGCUCUAGAAAGAGUGCAAAGAAGAGCAACCAGAAUUAUCCCAGGUUUAGAAGGCAUGUCGUAUGCAGACAGACUAAAAUAAUUGAAUUCAGUCUUGAACAAAGAAGACUACGCGGUGAUCUGAUUCAAGCAUUCAAAAUUCUAAAAGGUAUUGACAAUGUCGACCCAGGGGACUUUCUCGACCUGAAAAAAGAAACAAGGACCAGGGGUCACAACUGGAGAUUAGAUAAAGGGGCAUUCAGAACAGAAAAUAGGAGGCACUUCUUUACACAGAGAAUUGGGAGAGUCUGGAACCAGCUCCCCAGUAAUGUUGUUGAAGCUGACACCCUGGGAUCCUUCAAGAAGCUGCUUGAUGAGAUUCUGGGAUGAAUAAGCUACUAACAACCAAACGAGCAAGAUGGGCUGAAUGGCCUCCUCUCGUGUGUAAACUUUCUUAUGUUCUUAUAUUCUUAUGGAUGUUUAUUGUGUGGUACCUGUCCAAAAAGAACCGGGCUGGUAGAAGCUAUUUUGGCCUCAGGACCAUCCAGUAUAAUGAUCCAAUUAAAGCCCAAUCCAGAUACCCUUCACCCCCAAGGACAGAAACAAUAUAUUGUAAAAAUCAAGUAGGUCAGACAAAAAUAAUGAAUAAUUCUUCAGUUUCCGAAUCCUGGAAAAUCUGUUUAUUAUUUAUUUGCCAGAGCACCUUUUUUAUAUUAUUAAAGCAAUGGUUGUGUGUCAAAGGCUUUAGUAUGACGUGACAGUUGUGCAGACAACAAUGUGGUUUCCAACAUUUCGAAAAGGUAUUCAUUCCAACUGUAUUGUGUCAAAUUAAACCCUUUUCCUUUUUCGGCCCCUACAGAAAUCAACAGACGACAGACGAAGUCCCAGUUAAGACAAUAACAGGCCAAUGAUUUCAACUGCUCAUUGUCCUUCCACAGCUGUAAUCGGCUGCUGUUAUGAAAGUAGAGGAAACCUUUUUUUGUCUGUUUUGAUGAAUGCUGAAAGAUACGCAAGGUUUGAUAUGAUUUUUUCCAGAGCCAAAUUGGUUGGAUGUUUUUUCUACUGUUGCCAAAUUUCUGAGUUGUCACUCAAAGGGCUGAUUGAAUUGCACCAGGAAGGGUCCAACGCUAGUUCCUCAUUUCAUUCCUGAUGGCAAAAAGGUGUGAUGAACAACAGGGGAUCACGCUGCUGAUGCUGCUAAAUAAAAAAAGAACAAAAAUAUUCAUUAAAAAAAAACAAGCCACAAGAACGUUUCAGAAUUUAGGAAGCGGUUUUUGUAAAAGGGAACUGAAUUUUUGUAUUCUUUCUUGCCCGCUUUAUCACUUAACAGUGAUGUUGUGCAUGCAUUCUUUAAAAUAUUUAUUGGACACGAUUGCUUUUUUCCCCCCAGAAAUAAAACAGCUAUAAUUGAAAAAAAAAUAACCGUG